AUGUGCUGGCUCGCGCGCCCCGGCCCCUCCUCGGCUGGCUCGCCUCCGUGCGCGCCGAGCCGGCGGCGGCGGCGGCGGAGCGGCGGAGCGGGCUCGGGAAGGUCCUCCGCGGGCGGCGGCGGCGGCGCGGCGGCGAAGCCGGAGGUGCCCGGCCCGGGAACGCGGCGUCCCCCGCUCGCCGGCCGGGCUGCAGGCGGGGCGCGCGCGGCGGCGGCGGCGGCGGCCGCUGGGGUGCUGGAGACGCGGCGGGCGGCGGUCCGGGCGGCGCGGGCCUCGGCCGGGCGGUGGAGGACAGACAGACAGCCGGCCGGAAGCCGAGCCAGGCUCGCAGAGGCCAGCCCCCCUGCUCGGAAGCGGGGCCGGCCGACCCCGCCGCCCGGGAGCCGCGUCUCGGGGUUCGUCUUACUUGUGUCAACUUUACGGGGAGGGGAGACGCUGCGAAGGCGCGCCUGGAAACGACAGCCGCGACCACAAGCCGCCCGGGCGCGGGGCCGGCGGACGGCGGUCGGGGCCGGUUUUUACCGCAACAGCGCCACCUCUCGGCGAAGGGUUUUCUUAGGACACAGGACACACCAUUACAGGAAACACUUGUAUUGCACAGGAGCUGUGACAAGCCGAGAUCUAGAAUUUAUAAACAAAAAUGAAGGCUGGUACACGAAGACUUUCUGCAGGCUGAGCCUUUCAUCCACGGUGACAAGGAAACAGCUCAGAGAUGGCGCUGUCUCUGUGUGCACACCCUCCUUCCUGCCCCCCAGCCAUGCUGCAGUGUGGCUGGACUUUUUCCUCAUGCAUUGUUUCUGCCUCAAAAACAACAAAUAUACCCCAGCAACACCCUCAGGAUCACCUCCAUCCUCACAAGGUGUCCCUGAUCCCAUGAAGAACAGAAAACUGGGUUCAUACCUCUACCUACCCUCCCCAAAUAAAAAUCAAAGUCAACGUGACAGGCCUUCUCAUAGCAUUAUUUUUCACUUAGUCAUGUUAUAACAGAGGUGUCCAUUCCUUACUGAAAUCAAAUGAUUGGACAACACAGAAAUAACUGGAUCACAAACCAGAGAUCCACUGGUCCCAGGCUCCCCGACAGGGCCCUGAUUUGG